CCUCCCGUUGGCCAAUCAGAGCGGUCUCAGCCUCGAGGUGCUGGCCAAUAGGGAGGUACUUCCGGGUUUGGCUUGUGAUGGGGGACGCCAUUACGAGGCCUAGGCACAGAACAUGGCAGAGUGGCCGAGGCUGCUGACCUUGGCUCGCCAAGGAAAGUUGGACCUUCUGGAGGCUGCACUGAAAGAUGGAGAUGCCAUCAACCGAUGCUGUGGCCGCUCUGGGGACACAUUGCUACACGUGGCUGCUCGCCACGGUCAUCUCAACCUUCUGGUCCUGCUGCUGGAGACAAUGGGCAUGGAUGUGGAGGUGGCCAAUAUGGAUUACAAGAGGCCCCUCCAUGAAGCAGCCUCCAUGGGGCACAGGGAUUGUGUCUCCUACCUCUUGGCCAAGGGAGCCAGCGUGGAUUGUCUGAAAAGGGCUGACUGGACUCCCUUAAUGAUGGCUUGCACCAGGCAGAACCUGGAGGUGAUCAAAGAGCUCGUGGAGCAUGGAGCCAACCCACUGCUGAAGAACAAGGAUGGUUGGAACUGCUUCCACAUUGCAAGCAGGGAGGGACAUCUUGAGGUCCUCCAGUACCUGCUGGCUGUGUCUCCGAGCAGCUGGGACACAGAGAGCACCAUCAGGAGAACACCACUGCAUACAGCAGCAAUGCACGGCUGUUUUGAUGCUGUAGAGCUGCUCCUGGAGCGGUGCCAGUACCAACCUGACAGCAGGGAUAAUUGUGGAGUCACACCCUUUAUGGAUGCUAUCCAGAACGGGCACGUCAACAUUGCUCGACUGCUCCUGGAAAAACACCAGGCUUGUCCCACAGCUGUGGAUGCUCUGGGUGCUCAGCCUCUGCAUCGGGCAGCAGUCACGGCACAGAAUGAAGCCAUUCAAUUCCUUGUCUCUGAGUUGGGUGUUGAUGUCAAUGGGAGAGCAACAGCUCUGCAGCUGACAGCACUGCACUACGCAGCCAAGGAAGGACACAUGAGCACCAUCCAGACUCUGCUGUCCCUGGGUGCCAACAUCCAUGCAAAGGAUGGGAAGAACCGUUCUGCCCUGCAUGCAGCGUGUGCUGGGCAGCACGCGGCUGCUGCACAGAUCCUGCUUAGCAGAGGGCUGAAGGACAACGAGGACAGCACGGGCACACUGGCAAAGCAGCUUGCAAGGAAGCCAGAUGUCAUCCAGGUGUUCCAAAAGAUGAAUGUCAACUCAUGAGGCCAGCUGGGAAAAAGAGAAACCCGCUUCAUUUCGGCGUGGGCUGAGCUACACCUCUUCCUGUGCAGCAGCAAAUGCAUCCUAACAGCAGUAGCUUCUCAAAUGAAAACCAUCAAAGGAAGGUGCUGCUAGAUGAUCCCUGGGCAGCUGCAGGGCUUGAACCCUUUGAAGCCUAAAGUACAGCCAGACAUCCUGAAGGAGAAGAAACCUGCAUCAUUUUCACAGCCCUUAAAGUAGCUGCUCUCCACAAAUCUGUUAAGUUACCGUGUUUAAAAGCCCCUGAGAGAACACGGUGCAGCAAAACUGAGCUCUGAGUGCCUCCCUUUGUCAGGGCUAAGCUGCUGUGUGGAUCAGUGACUUCAAGCUGCAUCAGCCCUCAUACGUGGCCCAAGCCUGAUCCCAAAGCCUGCUGACAUCGAUAGAAAGACCUAAGCCUUGUAGGGAUCUGACUGAAAAAAAGAUGUUAGUUAUUGCAGAUGUACCAAGCAAGGCUUCCUCACCAGCAGUGUAAAACCUGCUCUUUGAUGUGCAUGGAGCAGUGACUUAAUAUUUAAUGUAGCCAGUAAGUCUGGAAUACACAUAAAGAUCUACUGGAGCUGUUCAUUUU